AUGGCUAUCAUCUCCUACGGAGUAUCAGCCACCCUGUGCGCACAAGCACGCCCCAAAGCAGUCGUAUACCGCGGCCCAGCCUCAUCAGAAGGCUGUCCCGAAGGCGUGCGUGACCUCCUCGUCUCCUCGCCCUCCAACUUCGAAGUCGUCUUCGCCGGUCCAAAUGAACCAAUCGAUGUAAUCGAAGCUCUCAAAGGCGCUACAGUCUACGCCCACGGCGGUGGACCAAACUGGAGCAAAGCAUACCGCUCCACAAAGAAAUACGAAAAGGCGAUUCAGGAGUUCGUCAGCUCUGGUGGUCAUUAUCUUGGCUUUUGUCUCGGUGCUUACCUUGCCGGGCCUAGGAAUGGGUAUAAUCUUCUUCCGAAGGGUGUUGAUACUGAGCAGGAGAUUAAGCGUCGAGGGGCGCAGGUCAAGGGGGAGGAAGAUACUGUUAUCAAUGUUGAUUGGACUUUUGAGCCGGGAACGACAGAGGAUAAGAGAUGGUUGUAUUUCCAGGAUGGUGUUGUGAUUAGGGGUAUGGAUGGGAGUAAGCCGGGUAAGGUCGUUGGACGGUAUUCUGCGAAUGGAGAUGUUGCUGCUUCGAUUACGCCUUACGGGAAGGGCUCAGUCGGACUUGUUGGACCUCAUCCUGAGGCUGAUGAUACGUGGUAUGAUGGAGCGGGUAUCAAAAACCCUGAAGGUAUCAGACUUGAUAUUGGUCAUGAUUUUGUCGAGGCUACUGUUCAUACGGGCUCUCACAAGCGCUUCUGA